AUGUUACCAGAUAUGGAGAAUUUAUCGGAUACGGAGCGCCAACACAUACAAAAUGUGCUAGAAAAGGCGGAGCAACGCACGCCAUACGUAAUCAGAAUGUCGUUGCCUCAUCAGAUGACAGGACGAACAGAAUCGUCCGAGCGCAUCUCCCUCGCUCCUUCGCAGAACUCACAAGACGAGGACUAUGAUCAACAGAUACGAUCUAUCGAAGAUGCCAUUCGUCGUGUUGAGAAACGUGCAAAAUCCGACGAAGAGGAACGAGCUCAGGAUUCAACGAAGCCACUUGACAUCGAGGACCUUAGUGCCGAAAUUGACCUGACUGCAAUAACAGCACGAGAAAUCAAUGCAGCAAAAGACGCUCUACGGGGAGGGGACCAUCGAGAGCCCCUUCCUAUUCCACAACAGAGAAAAGAAAGCCAGAAAGCCAAGGAAUCGUCGUCUCGUCGUUCCUCUAUCGGUGGGUUUAAGUCUUUGUUUGGUAAAGCCACUCAAGCGAUGAUGAGCGCAAAGGAUGCGCUUUCUGCGGAAGUUGAAAAGGAUCCAAAGGAUAAGGCUGGGCCAAGUUCUUCAGCGUCGCUGGCUGCCACAGGAGAACUAACAGCGGAAGAACUCGAACACAUUCGCAAAAUUGCAAUACUUGCUGAACAAGAUAUGAAUAAUACUUAUCCCAUGCGGAACUCGUCUCCUAGCUUGCAUACCGAUUCUGAAGAAACGAGACAGUCUGCCAUAGCUGCCCCGACACAGAAACGUCAAACUGACGCCAUAGCAGUUUCAGCAGGGAAUGUACAUACUGACGCUAGAUUGCAGGAAACGAGCGGAUCUUCUACAGCGGAGCUUACCCAAGAAGAGCUUGAUCAUAUCAAUCGCAUAGCCGAAAUGGCGAUGGGGGAGGAAUUUGGAUCGCGAAGUGAAAUUCAACCGCGAAUUCCAGCACCCAGUUCUGCUGAAAAUCCAUCGACGACGUCCGCUUCUGUUCCUCGAUUAAUAAGCAUCACUAGUUUUGGCACCAAGACUUUGAAAGGUGUAAUGGUACCCAGUUCUGCUGAAAAUCCAUCGACGACGUCCGCUUCUGUUCCUCGACUAAUAAGCAUCACUAGUCAUGGAGAUAACGCUCUUAAUAGCACAACUCAACACCUGAUCUUACCAGGUCAGAAUGAUCAGUUGACUCAAGAGGAGCUGGAACAUAUCAAUCGCAUUAAUCAGCUCGCAUUUCAAGAAGAAAACAUUCACGAUGGUUCUGCGGAAACGUUGAAACAACCCAACGCCAUUGAACCUUUGACCGAACUCACGCAAGAGGAACUUGACCACAUCGCCAGAAUCACGCAGAUGGCCGCCGAAAAUGGCGAUUUCGUUCCUACUCCCUCAAAACCUUACAGCUCACAAACGGGCUCCAUAGUGAAUGAAAAACCGAUCGCAGUCGCAACGGACAGUUAUAGUAAAUCCGUCAAACAAACGCCGUCAGCUUCCGCACUUCCUAAUGAAGAUUUAGCUGCAAACGAAGGUCAGCCAUCUCCUAGAAAAUUCACUUCGGAGCAGAUUCCUGAGUUUCGAUCGCAGUUGCAGUCGAAACCACUGGCGUCCUUUUUUGGAGUAAAAGCAUUCACUGGAUUUGGUUCGAAGACAUUCAAAAAUGCGAUGCAGAAAGCAGAAGAAGCGAAAAACGCUCUAGAAGAUUUGACUACUAACAAAAGCGGUGCUAAGUUAAGACCUCAUUCAGCCUCAAUCACUACAAUUUCAACUUCCCAUUUCCAAGAAUUUCCUGAUAAUUCAAUGGACCUUACAAAAGAGGAGUUGGAUCACAUCAAGCAAGUCACAGAGAUGGCCGCGCAGGAGGAAACUCUCUUGAAAACGUCAUCUACAGUAGCAGGUCAGGAUGAGCUUACAGAAGAUUUGCAUCAUAUCGAACGAAAAACAGCUAUGGCUCAGGAAGAUGAAAUUAUCUCGAAUCCAGUAGUAGCACAGCAGGGAGAACUUACCCAAGAUGAAAUUGAUCACAUCAAGCGCAUAACAGAGUUGGCCAUGAAAGAUGAAGCGUUUGCUGCAGAACCUAGUAUAUCCAGCACUUACGGGUUAACCCAAGAGGAGUUAGAUCAUAUAAAUCGUGUAGCUUUAGAAGCUGCUCAGGAUGGAGAUGAACAUCUUACUUUCCCUCAUCCCAGUGCUAUCAAAACGGGCGAUGAGCUCACUCAAGAAGAGCUUGCACAUAUUGCUUAUGUCAACCAGCUAGCUGAUCAAGAUGUACGGUCCCCAAUCAUUAGCGAGAUAACAGAGGGGAGAGUAUCCUUUCACGAAGAACCUUCACAAAAUAUUCCUCGAGCGCAACCUGCGCUAUCAUAUCUCCAGGAGACAUCAUUUGGAAGUUUUGGGUUAAAGACAUUCAAAAACGUUUUGCACAAAUCAGAAGCAGUCAAAAACCUACUGGACGAUGUGAGUGCUGGUAUUCGAAGAGACUCCGUAUCAAACAUAGAGACUCAGCCAGCGAUGGGGACGAAACUGGCAUCGGCAGUAGCAUACAGCCAACCUACCCAAGAGCAACUCGACAAUAGCAAGCAUGUUGCCGAGCUUGCGCUGCAAACUGAAACGGAGGUCACUUUGGAAGAGCACCCCGCUGCGAUAGAAUACUCUCCUGAAGAAAAUCUCAAAAUGAUCCCAGUAGAAGACGACGAGGAAACGGGAGAGUCCGUGACAGAAGGUGUCGUGGAACAGUUUUCACCUACAAGCAGUCACGAUUCAAGUCAGGAUCGUCAGCGCACCACAAGCAAAAAGUCUGGCGAGUUUGACAUUCUUUCAAUUCCCGAAAUGAUGAACACGCCGAACCUCAGCAAAUGGUACGAGGAGCAAUUGUCAUUCAUGCGCGAAUCUAUAGCUGACGAAGAAAACGAGGAACUAACGAGAGAUGAGGAACAAUUACCGGAGAUGCAAGAGAGUGUGACUGAGCAUGUCGAAACGAUUAAGUACCCAUACUUCGUAUCCGAAGCAGAGGAACUUAAAGCGGAGAAGGUGGUUUACAUGACAGGAGUCGAACAAUUACACCUUAAAGGUAUUCACAAUAGAACAAAUAGCAAUACGCAGUAUGCCACAAAGGCUGACCGAAACGCUAGAAAUGGUUACUCGAUUGUACGAAUCACUAAGCCAUCGAUCGUUGCGACGACGAGGGGCAGGACUCAGGAGGCUGGCAUCGAUCGCACGUCUUCUGGUGGCAUGCUGGACUCCAGCCAGGGAGGCCGCUUUCGCCUCUCCGGCUUUGGAAAGUUCGCCUCUGGUGCCCUCGGAAAGGCUGCCGCUCUGUUCCACCAUAUGUUAGGUUGGGCGGCUUCACUUUGUGCUCUGUGGCCUCGUGAAGUGCCUUCCCCAUUAAGUAGCUGA